AUGUCUACAUUCGAAUCCAACUCCGAUGGGGUUUCACAGCGAGUCAACAGUCCGCGUUUCUCCGGUCCGAUGACUCGCCGUGCUCACUCCUUCAAACGGAAUAAUACGAGUUCCGCCGCCGUCGGCGGUGGUACUCUCAGUACGCAUACUGAGGUUGAGCUUCAGAUUAAUUCUCCGAGAUCGGAGGAAGUUUCGGAGGCGGUUUUGGAGAGGAAACACGGUGGUGUUCAUCAUCAUUAUAAUCAGAGUUAUGUUUCGCAGAGAGUUCACGGUGGAGUUGUGAAGGGUUUUCUGAAGAGACCGCUUGAAUCUAUUGGUGUGGAUUUGGGGUUUAGGGAGAGGAGAAAGAUUGGGCAUUGGAUGUUUUUGGUUUUUUGUGGUGUUUGUUUGUUUAUGGGGGUUGUUAAGAUUUGUGCUACUGGUUGGCUUGGAUCUGCCAUUGAAAAAGCUCAAUCGAAUCAGGAACUAUCUGACUCCAAUGGUAUAGAUGAUUUAAAUGUAAUGGAUCAAAGAUCAAUUGGUUAUGCAUAUAGGAGUCGAGAAGGAGAUGUUGAACGAACUCUAAAGACGGUAGAAACGGGAGUAAGAAGCCAGGCUGAUAAAGAAUCAGAUGUCUGGUCUAAACCCAACAGUGAAAAUUUCACCCAAUGUAUUGAUCUGUCUAAAAAUCAUAAAAAGCUAGAUGCAAAGACCAAUGGAUAUAUUCUUGUAAAUGCUAAUGGUGGCCUGAAUCAGAUGAGAUUUGGGAUAUGUGAUAUGGUUGCUGUUGCUAGGAUUAUGAAGGCAACACUCGUUCUUCCUUCUCUUGAUCAUACCUCGUACUGGGCUGAUCAGAGUGGCUUUAAGGAUUUGUUUGACUGGAAGCAUUUUAUCGAAACACUGAAGGAUGAUAUCCAUAUAGUUGAGACAUUACCACAAGCCUAUACCGGAAUUCAGCCUUUCUCAAAAACUCCAAUAUCUUGGUCUAAGGUUCCUUAUUACAAGAGCGAAGUUCUUCCCCUCUUAAAGCAGCACAAAGUGAUCUAUUUCACUCAUACUGAUUCCCGGCUUGCUAACAACGGCAUUCCAAGAUCCAUACAGAAACUAAGGUGCCGUGUAAACUACAGAGCAUUGAGAUAUUCAGCUCCAGUUGAAGAAUUCGGAAACAAAUUGGUGUCUAGAAUGCAGCAGAAUGGAAAUCCUUAUCUUGCCCUUCAUUUAAGAUAUGAGAAGGAUAUGCUGGCGUUUACCGGCUGCAGUCACAAUUUGACUGAAGAAGAAGGUGAAGAACUGAGACGGAUGCGAUAUGAAGUCGGUCACUGGAAGGAAAAAGAGAUUAAUGGGACUGAAAGGAGGUUACUUGGAGGUUGUCCGUUAACUCCGCGAGAAACUUCCCUACUACUUAGAGCACUUGAUUUUCCAUCACACACCAGGAUUUACCUCGUAGCUGGAGAAGCAUAUGGAAAAGGAAGUAUGAAAUAUCUAGAGGAUGAUUUCCCCAAUAUUUUCUCUCAUUCUUCCCUGUCUUCCGAAGAAGAGCUGAAUCAUUUCAAGAAUCAUCAAAACAUGUUGGCCGGUAUUGACUAUGUUGUUGCCCUUCAGAGUGACGUAUUUCUCUACACUUACGAUGGAAAUAUGGCGAAGGCUGUACAAGGUCACAGGCGCUUUGAAAAUUUCAAGAAGACAAUCAAUCCAGACAAGAUGAAUUUUGUUAAACUCGUCGAUCAGUUGGAUGAAGGAAACAUUUCCUGGAAAAAGUUCAGCUCCAAGGUAAAAAAACUUCAUAAAGACUCUAUCGGUGCUCCAUAUCUAAGGGAGUUGGGAGAAUUUCCAAAACUGGAGGAAAGCUUUUAUGCAAAUCCUCUUCCAGGAUGUAUUUGUGAAACAAGAAAAGAGCAGAUACCCGAUCUCGCCUCAUAG